AUGGGAUUCUCAAAUGACUCAAGCUAUAACAUUGGAUUGACAGAAACCUUUUGUUAUGAGUCUGUAAGUGGAUCAUGUAAGAAAUUUGCUCGACCCUUCAGUCUGCAGUUUUUCAUGUUUUUUCUUCUGGGGUUGAUCAUAGUGCUUACGAUGUCCGGGAACCUUCUGGUCAUUACCUCAAUAGCACACUUUAAGCAGCUGCACACCUCCACAAACUACCUCAUCCUCUCACUGGCGAUGUGUGACUUCCUGCUGGGGGCAUUUGUGAUGCCCUGCAGCGCCGUACGGUCUGUCACAGGUUGUUGGUACAUGGGUGACUUCCUGUGUAAACUCCACACCAGCACAGACAUCAUGCUGAGCACCUCCUCUAUUUUCCAUCUUUCAUUCAUCUCAGUCGACCGAUACUUUGCUGUCUGUGACCCACUAAUGUACAGGACCCUCAUCAACUCUGCUGCGGUCCUAAUCAUGCUCACCAUCAGUUGGCUGGUCCCAGCUAUCUUUGCUUAUGGGCUGAUCUUCUCUGGGCUCAAUGUAAAAGGCAGUGAGGACUUCUUUGAAGCACAUGUGCAGUGUUUUGGAGGCUGCCCAGUGUUUUUUAGCCGUGCUGCAGCUGUAGUCUCAUCCACAUUCUCCUUUUUCAUUCCCAGCCUGAUCAUACUUAGUAUCUAUCUAAAAAUCUAUGUGGUUGCCAGACAUCAGGCGAGGUCUAUUAAAGAUAUGACACAGAAGUUUCAGAUGCCAAAGGAAAACAAGGUAUCCAGUGUAUCUAGGCAACAAGAAAGAAGAGGUGCAAAAACCCUUGCCAUUGUGGUCGGAGUCUUCCUCAUCUGCUGGGCCCCCUUUUUCCUGUCCAACAUAAUUGGCCCCUUCAUUGGUUAUUCUAUUCCCAAAAUGUUGACUGAUGCCACGGUUUGGUUUGGUUAUCUGAAUUCAGCUUUUAACCCAAUGGUUUAUGCUUUCCUAUACACCUGGUUUAGAAAAGCUUUGAGAAUAAUCAUCUGUGGUGAAAUAUUUCACAGGAAUUCAUGUCGGUUGCAGCUUCACUAA